AUGGAGCCGGCACAAGGAAGCUGUCCUGGAGAUACUAUGGCACAGGCGAAGAGAGGUCUGCUUUCCGCUAUUCUCAUGUUCAUAUUCUUGUCAAAGAGCAGAAAACUUCACUUGGUCUUCUCUUACGAUACACCGGAUGCCGUCUUUGGAGACAUCAAGAAACUGAUUUCUCCUUCACAUACUGCCGAGUUCAUCCAUGAUGGAUAUAUUUCAUUCGCAAAGUCAUCUGAUAGACAAGAUACUCAAGUGUUCACAUACGAUUGGGGCCCUCGCGCAACCUUAGUCUGUGAACCGAAAGCUAUUUUGACAUCCUUCUGUUCGAUUAUCAAGGACCCUGAAGUGGAUAUGUGGGAGGAUCAAUUGGAGACAGUGAAGAGUCUGGAGGAAGAACGAGAGCAAGUGCUACAAAGUUCCGAGAAGUACCUUAGAGAUGAGAAGUGA